CUCACCUUUUCUGCUUUUCCCAUACGCCGCUGAGGGUUUCCCUCAAAAAUGAGCAGCCUCAUCUCAUGUGCAUCAUGGGUGAGGAGAGGAGCCUCUGCACGGCAUCCAGCAAAAUAUGUCCUCGAUGACCAGGAGCUAGAACGGGUCAGUGCCCUCGCCCGCAUUGAACUCGAAGACGCUCGUGUAGAACUCGAACGCGCACACAAAGCUGCCAAUCAAAUGGGCAAGGGUGCUGAAGGAGAGGAGGCGGAUGAUAUUGCGGAAGGAGAGGAUGAUGAGGAAGGAUGGGUCGAUGAAGAAGAUGAACCGAUGGACGAGGAUGGGCAGGCUGCGCCACAAUCCACGAAGAAGAAGCCCGAGGGCGAUUUGUCUGAGUAUAAUUUGGAUGACUACGAUGAGGACGAGGAGCAUGAGACUGGCCCAUUUAGCACCAUCAAGGGUCUCACUUAUUAUCGCGACAACAACGACGACCCAUAUAUCACACUAAAAGAGGACGAUGAAGAUGAUGAGCGCGAAGAGCUCGAAGUUCUACCCACCGACAAUCUCCUCGUUACCGCAAAAACUGAAGACGAAGUUUCACAACUUGAAAUUUACGUCUACGAUGAAUCCUCCGAAAACCUCUACGUCCACCACGACCUCAUGCUCCCCAACUUCCCUCUAUGCCUCGAAUGGCUUGACUUCCCUCCCGGUUCUGCUCCACCUUCUGCAACCGUCCAUAACGACGAAAUGGAGACAGAUGAGAAUAUCCCUCCUCCACGAUUCGGAAACUAUAUCGCUGUUGGCACUCUCGAUCCCGAAAUCGAGAUCUGGUCGCUCGAUGUUGUGGAGGGUAUGUAUCCCGACAUGGUCCUCGGCCGUCCAGACAAGACUGCAGCACACGUUCCUACGCCACUUGGCACGGGAAAGAAAAAGCGAAAGAAGACCAAACACCGCACCAUCACCUCUGCUCAUCACGUCGACGCCGUUCUCGCACUAUCGUGGAAUCGAACACAUCGCAAUCUCCUUGCCAGUGCAUCGGCGGAUCGGACGGUGAAGUUGUGGGAUCUUUCGCGAGGUACUCCUGGAGGCGAUGACAACAGUGGUGGUGAGGCGAUUAGGAGUUUCGAUAAGAUUCAUAAGGAUAAGGUGCAGGCGGUUCAAUGGAAUGAGAAGGAGCCGACAGUGUUGUUGACAGGGAGCUACGACCGGACGGUCAGGGUGUUUGAUUCGAGGGCGCCGGAUGCGGGUGUGGGUGCAGCGGUUGGUGGUGCAGAUGUCGAGGCGGUGAGGUGGGACCCAUGGGAUGCUCACGGAUUCUAUGUUACAUUGGAGAACGGUCUUGUACUCAACUUCGACGCACGGACACUACCGACAUCGCUCGAUUCGCCAGCACCGGCACGAUUCACUCUACAAGCCCAUGACGGUGCCGCUUCAUCUAUCGACGUGAAUCCUCAUUUCCGUGGGUGCAUCGUUACGGGAGGAACAGACAAGAUGGUCAAGGUGUGGAACAUCACUGACGAAGAGUUGGAGGGGUCGAAGAGGAACGUUAGUAUGGUUACCAGUCGGGAUUUGGGCGUUGGCAAGGUCUUCUCGACCGCCUGGUCCCCCGAUGACCCUCUCACCCUCGCCGCCGCAGGCUCAAAAGCCAAACUCCAGAUCUGGGAUGUCGCUGCAAACUUUGGUGCGCGGAAGGCGUUCGGAGCCAAGUUGGCUCAAGCUGGCCGAGAACUCAGAGAGAAGACGAACGGUGGCGUGGUUGGUAUUGUCGACGACGACGAGGGAGACAAUAGUGGGGGAGAGGGGGAGUGAUGUGUUCGCGAUUUACUCAAGGAUGAUUGAUUGAUGGGCUUGCUAUCUGCCUCUAAUUAAUCUUCUGAAUCAUUGCGAUUAGCCUCGGUGUGUUUUUGGCGCAGCUUCAGCCUUGGACACCAAUAAUUUUGGGGCAAAACAUCUCGUUUGAC